AUGUCGGGGACACAGCAAAAAGCAAUCGCCAUCACAGAGCUCAAGAAGCCCGUCGUGAACAUCCAACGUCCCGUACCCUCCCCACAGCAAGGCGAAGUCCUCAUCAAAGUCAAAGCAGCUCAUCUCCUCCCCCAUGACUCCUACAUGCGCGACCUCGGCCUCUUCGUAGGCGACAAACUCCCCUGGGUCCUCGGCGGCGACGUCGCCGGCACAAUCGAAGAGAUCGGUCCCUCGACCUCCACGACCUUCAAAAUAGGCGACCGAGUCACCGGCAUCUGCGUUCCUGUGGACUCCAACACCCCUGACUCAGCAGCCGCUCAAGAGUACUGCAUUCUGAAAGUCGACGGCAUGGCAAAAGUCCCGGAUUCGUAUAAGAAAGAAGACGCCGUAACCAUCCCGCUAAACCUCAUCACGACCUUCAUGGCGCUCUUCACAGAAGACUACGGCUUCGCCUGGCCACCUCCCUGGGAGAAAUCGACCACCACCUUCGAUCCCACCGCCCAAACCCUCAUCAUCGUAGGCGCCGGCUCCAACUGCGGCAAAUUCGCUAUUCAGUUCUCAAAACUCGUCGGAAUCGGCCGCAUCAUCGCCAUAGCCGGGCCCUCCAACGAAGCCGAAUUGAAGAAACUCGGAGCAACGCACUUCAUCGACCGCCACGCCUUGCCCGAAGCCAUCAAAUCCCAAAUCCAUGCCAUCGUGCCCAAGGACGACAUCACCGCCGUGUACGACUGCUACAACUGGACGUUCGAGCUCGGGCUCUCGCUCAUCUCAAGCAGCAAACCCGCCCGCUUGGCGGUCUUGCACCGGGUCGAUGGCGCGGAGAUCGCGAAGACGUAUCCGAAUGUAAGGGCGGGGACGGUGAGGUGCUCGAAUGAGAAUCUUGGACCGCAUAAGGGCGAGUUUUGGAGGCAGUUGCCGGGGUGGUUGGAGAGGAGUGAGAUUUUGCCGGCGGAGUGGAAGGUUGUUGGCGGGUUGGAGGCUGUGGAGGAGGUUAAUGCGGUGUUGGAUGAUUAUCGAGAUGGGAAGGGGGGUGCGCAGGGGCUUGUGCUUCCAUGA